AUGGCUCCCAACAUGCACCCCCCCGAGAUCUUCGACGAUGCCACCCGAACUCCUACCAAACUUGGGUUCCGAGCGAUUCUCGCCAAAGCUCAUAGACGAAACCAAUCUGCGGACGAUGCUAUCCCUCCAAAGAUUUUCCCCAGGUCCACACCGGCGGAAAGCGCAUCUUGGUCACCAGCCGACCAGGCCUACCCUGCACUAAACCAACAUCCGCUGGGCGAAAGAGCCCACAACCGUGACGCGGCAGAUGGCACUUCAUUCCAGCAGAAGCCGCCCGAAAAGACAGGAAAAGGGGGCUUGCACAAGAAGACGAAGAGUACUGUGUCGCUGAAGUCGUUGAGAAACUACAUGGAACGCAAGGAAAACAAGGCCGGUGGUGCGCAGGAGGACGAGUCGUUGGGUUGGAAGCCUAAGAAGGCAAAGUCGGCAAACAGCCUCAGUGCCAUCCUAAAACGAUCACAGCGGGGAAGGAAGGCCGAGGGAUCAAAAGACGUCCGAGACAAAGAAAAUCGAAGCCCCUCUGAUCUGGUGGACAGCAUGCCAUCUCCUGUCUGGAACCCGUACGGGUCCGACUCCUUCCACAACCAGACUGAAGUGCCGCAGUCCCCAAAUAAGCGCCGAACAUUACAAGAAGAAGUCUCGCUGUACACGCCCAAAGGCUAUGGCCCAGCGCAACAGCGAAAUUUUUAUGAUUACCAUCAGCCCUCUCUCGCUAAUCGCUCUGAUGCCAAGCCCCGUCCGAAAUCUGAUAAUCUUUCAGGAAAUCGAAAGUUAAGGGAGGCACUGGGUAGUAUCCAAACAGUGCCGUCUGACAACCCAAUUGCGGUGGAUCAGCCUGAGACUGAGUCCCAGCGAGGUCAAGGAAGGCCUCGUAUGUCAAGGUCCGAAUCGCACCCAGAGCCUGAGAUGAAGCCAGAUGCGAGCCCAAAGAAACCAUCACGCGUGCAGGCGGCAAUCUCCGCCUUCAACGCGAAGGAGAAAGAAGCAGAGGUACAACGACGCUUGAACCCGAAGGACCUGGAAAGCGAAUUCGAAAAGCUCCUUGAUGCGCGGAACAUUCCCCACAAUAUGAGGGACAAGAUGAGGGCAUUGGACACUAGCAUCAAGGCUGAUUUUAUCCAAAAGGAUAGAGCAGAGAACAACACUCCACAGAGCGCUGCUCCUUCCUCGGCCAAUGACAGCACUGGUCGCCGAGGUCGCAAAAGCGAGUCGAAGGAUGAGCGACAGAGUCAUGACGGAAAAGGGUCCCGAUCGAGAUCCAGGAGUCGCGGAUUUACCUUUUCUAAAGGUGGCUCCUCACCUGGGAAAAAGCAGCGGCCUGAAAGCGGAAGCUUCUAUCGGCGUCCAAAGUCUGCUGAUUUGUCCCAACCGGCGAGUCUCUCAAAAAUCCUGACACCAGCGACGUCUACCGUCUCGCUCUCCGCUACAGCCAGUCGCGACACUGCUGCCGAUCCAUCGGACUUUGUCCACUAUCUACGUGAGAUACAAAAGCCCGAGAUGAUCGAGAUUGGUAAGGUACACAAGCUCCGUAUUCUAUUGCGCAAUGAGACCGUCAACUGGGUUGAUACAUUCAUUACCGAUGGCGGUAUGGACGAAAUUGUCCAGUUGCUUUACAGGAUAAUGAAAGUUGAAUGGCGGGAGGAGCAUGAGGACACCCUGCUUCAUGAAACCCUUUUGUGCCUGAAGGCUCUUUGCACAACUUCUGUCGCAUUGAAGCACCUGACCAAAAUUGAAGCCGAACUAUUCCCAGCAUUGUUGAAGAUGCUCUUCGAUGAGGAAAAGAAAGGACCGAGCGAAUACACCACUCGUAGCAUCAUCAUGAACCUCCUCUUUACUCAGCUUGCUACAGCCCCCUCCGACGAGAUGGCAACAGCAUGUGCCUCACGGAUCCUUUCCUACUUGCAGGAUCCAAGUCCCCCGGAAGAAAACCAGCCCCUCUCGUUCAUUGCCAAUAUCUACCAGUCUCGCCCUUAUCGAGUGUGGUGUAAGGAAGUCAGCAAUGUAACCAAAGAGGUGUUUUGGAUUUUCCUUCAUCAUCUCAAUGUCAUACCCAUCGUCAAGUCCGACAAAUCGCCAUCAGAACUGGAGCAACAGACGUUCCGAGAGCGUCAUUUUCCGGCACCUAGACCGCCUGUUCCCGCUGCGCCGUAUGUAGGUGGGGUUGAAUGGGAUGCCACCAACUAUCUCGCAGCGCAUCUUGACCUCAUGAACGGCCUCAUCGCAUGUAUGCCGUCUGUCGAAGAACGCAACAAGUUGCGUUCAGAACUCCGCGCUUCCGGAUUUGAGAAGGUAAUGGGCGGUAGUCUGAGGACAUGCAAGGAGAAAUUUUACUCCUCCGUCCACGAUUGUCUCCGGACAUGGAUUGCGGCUGCUAUCGAGGACGGGUGGCCGUACACAUUCGUUCGGGAGGGUCCGCCUCGACCGGAACCUGGAUCUCCUGUCAAGUCCCCAGUCAAGGCCGGAGGUGGUAUCCCUAAGAAGGGUAUCCUUGACGAAAAGCCUCCCAGGUUGGAGCUUGCACUGGACCUGCCUUCCAACAAUCAAGUUUCUCAGAAGGCGGAUGGCCUGGGCAAUUGGCUGUGA